GCUGACUGAUCGUCCCUCUCAGCUGGAGAGGAUCGUUUCUCCGUCCGUCAUGGACACGUUUUUCCGCCGUCACUUUAAGAGGAAGGACUCGGCUCAGCCGGCGGGCCCCAAAGUCAAAUGUCUCCGCCAGCGGAGGCAAAGCGUUGCCGUGCCGACCAGCAAGGCCCGCCGCCGCUCCAGCGUCGGGCUGCCGUCCUCCUCGCUCGCCCAGCAGCGGCGCUCCAGCGUCCAGCUGCAGCUGCCGCCGCCGAGCGCGGGAGGGGGGCGCCUGGCGAAGAGCAGCAGGCAGAGCCGGUGGGCGGGGCGUGUCCGGCGGCGCUCCAGCACCACCACGCCGGGACUCAACCCGCGGUUCGCCGUGUGCCGCAGGAAGACGGGGAAGCUGCGCAACAUCGACACGCACCUGCUCGGCCCGUCCAUGCUGCUCGCCAGCCUCAUCCAGAUGGCCGAGGAAGAGGAGGAGGAAGAGGGGGCGGGGCCUCUGGAGGGGGAGCAGCAGGUGGAGAUGAGGGGCGGGGCCAACAGGAGGAUGAGCCUCCAGUCGGACGGAGACAACGACAGCAGCGACGGCAGCCAAUCAGAGGCCAGCCAGCUGUCAGAGGACGACGAGGAGGAGGAAGAAGAGGAGGAGGAGGAGGAGGAGGAGGAGGAUGUCUCCUGGUCACCUGACCAGCACACCCCCCCCUCCACCUCCUGCUCCGCCCUGCAGGUGGUGAAAAGCGUCCCGCGGCCCCUCAUCCGGGCCCCUCGCUGCCUGCGCAGGAACUCCUCGCAGGUGUUCACCGGAGACUCGGCGCCCUACGGCCGCCGCUCCCGCGCCUCCGUCCACAGGAAGAGGAGGAGGAUCUCCACCGUGUCCAAGGCCGGGAGCCCCUGGCCGGGGAGGGGCCUCCCGCUGCCCAGCCGCAAGAGCUCAGUCUACUACUACAACCACCCAGCCUUCUACAGGGGCCCCGGGGCCCUCAGCCCCAUGCAGCCCCACGCCUACGACCACCACCUGGAGAGCUGGAGCAGCUUUCUGCUGAAAGCCAUGGCCAAGUCGGGUCUGGCGCACGCGGCGGCGCAGCCCAACGUGUCGGCGUCCGGACAGAGCGACGCGCUGACGGAGCCCAACAGCACCGUCGACUGGAGCGACAACGCUCAGUUCGGGGACCACAUCUGGUUUGAGACGAGCGGCUCCGGAGACUUCUGCUACGUUGGCGAGCAAUACUGCAUCGCUAAAUCCCUGCAAAAGUCGGUGGCGAGGAAGAAGUGUGCAGGAUGUAAGAUCUCGGUCCACACCAUGUGCAUGGAGCAGCUGGAGAAGAUUAAUUUCAGGUGCAAACCGUCGUUUAGAGAACCAGGAUCUCGAGCUGUUCGAGAGUCCAACGUUGUGCGACACCACUGGGUCCACAGGAGGCGUCAGACAGGGAAGUGUCGGCAGUGUGGGAAGGGGUUUCAGCAGAAGUUUUCAUUUCACAGCAAAGAGAUCGUCGCCAUCAGCUGCUCGUGGUGCAAACAGGCGUACCACAAUAAGGUGACGUGCUUCAUGCUGCAGCAGAUCGAGGAGUGCUGCUCGCUGGGCGCUCACGCCGCCGUCAUCGUCCCGCCCACCUGGAUCCUCCGGGUCCGCAGAGCGCAGUCGUCUCUGAAGUCGAGUAAAAAGAAGAAACGGACGUCGCUGAAGUGCAACAAGUCGAGUAAGAAAGGAUCCGAGCUGCAGGACGGACGCUGGAAGCCGUUCCUGGUGAAGCCUCUGCCCUCUCAGCUCAUGAAGCCUCUGCUGGUGUUCGUGAACCCGAAGAGUGGAGGGAACCAGGGAGCCAAAAUCAUCCAGUCCUUCAUGUGGUACCUGAACCCUCGGCAGGUGUUUGACCUGACGAAGGGGGGACCCAGAGAGGGGUUGGAGCUGUACGCCAAAGUGCCCAACCUGAGGAUCCUGGCCUGUGGGGGCGACGGCACCGUGGGCUGGAUCUUGUCGGUGUUGGACCAGCUGAAGCUUCGUCCUCAGCCCCCUGUUGGGAUUCUCCCUCUGGGGACCGGGAACGACCUGGCGAGGACUCUGAACUGGGGCGGGGGUUACACCGACGAGCCAAUAACAAAGAUCCUGUCUCACGUGGAGGACGGGAACGUGGUGCAGCUGGACCGCUGGAACCUGAACGUGGAGGCGAACCCGGAGGCGCGGCCGGAGGACCGGGACGAGCACCAGACAGAUAAGCUUCCCAUCGACGUCUUCAACAACUACUUCAGUCUGGGCUUCGACGCUCACGUCACGCUGGGCUUCCACGAAUCCAGAGAGGCGAAUCCAGAGAAGUUUAACAGCCGCUUCAGGAAUAAGAUGUUCUACGCCGGGACGGCCUUCUCAGACUUCCUGAGCGGGAGCUCCAAAGACCUCGCCAAGCACAUCCGAGUGGUGUGUGACGGGACGGACCUGACCGCCAAAGUCCAGGAGCUGAAGCUGCAGUGUCUGCUCUUCCUCAACAUCCCCCGGUACUGUGCCGGCACCGUGCCGUGGGGUCACCCCAGCGAGCAUCAAGACUUUGAACCUCAGCGCCAUGACGACGGCUGCAUCGAGGUCAUCGGGUUCACCAUGACGUCUCUGGCGACGCUGCAGGUGGGCGGCCACGGCGAGCGGCUGCAUCAGUGUAAAGAAGUGACGCUCACCACCUUCAAGUCCAUCCCCAUGCAGGUGGACGGAGAGCCGUGCAAGCUGGCGCCGUCUGUCAUCCACAUCAACCUGAGGAGCCAGGCCAACAUGGUGCAGAAGGCCAAGAGGAGGAUCUCCAUGCCCCACCUCAACGAUCAGCAGCCGGUUCCUGAGAAGCUGCAGAUCAGAGUGAACAGGAUCAGCAUGGCGGCGUACGAGGCUCUGCACUACGACAAAGACCAGCUGAAGGAGGCCUCGACCCCUCUGGGCGUGAUCACCGUCCCCGGGGACAGCGACCUGGAGACGUGCCGGCUGCUGAUCGAGCGUCUCCAUGACAACCUGGACCAGGACGGGGAGACGAUGAGGGGCGAGUGUCUGUCCUCUCAGAAACUGUCUCUGAAGUGGUGUUUCCUCGACUGUACGACCGCAGACCGUUUCUACAGGAUCGACCGCGCUCAGGAGCACCUGAACUACGUGACGGAGAUCUCCCAGGAGGAGCUCUACAUCCUGGACCCGGAGCUGGUCCUGAAGGAGACGGUGGGCACCUCCCCCGGCAUGCCCGACCUGGUGGACUCUGAGGAGCACCAGGACCAGAACCAGAACCAGAACCAGGACCAGCAGAGACAGUUCGCCUUCCCCUGCUCCCCCACCUCCUCCACCACCUCCAGGGUGAGAGACUUUCAGAGGAAGAGGAUUUCCAGCGACAGUUCGGUGGCUGAUGCUUUAUCGCAGAGCUCCUCUAAGACUGCCCUCUGCAGUCCUUCCAGUGCUACCUCACACGACCCUGAAAAAGCUGCAGAGUUGAUCGACUGUAUCAAGACUGAAGACCUGAACAGACUGACGGAGCUCCACCAGCAGGGGGCGGACCUCCUGCUGCAGGACGCCGCCGGCUGCACGCUGCUGCAUCACGCUGUGGAGGUCGGCAGCAAAGAGAUCCUCAAGUACCUCAUCGACAACGUGCCGACGUCUCACCUGGACAUAACGGAGAAGAAGACAGGAGAGACGGCGCUCCAUAAAGCCGCCUCCUCCUGUCAGAGGAGCAUCUGUCACUACCUGGUGGAGGCCGGGGCCUCGCUCAUGAAGACAGACCUGCAGGGGGAGACGCCCAAACACCGGGCUGAGAAGGCCGAGGACCCGGAGCUGUCUGAGUACCUGGAGAACCGCCAACAUUACCAGAUGAUCCAGAGGGAGGACCAGGAGACGGCGGUCUGAGGACCAGGAGACGGCGGUCUGAGUCCCCCGUGUCUGUCCCCGCAUCUGUCCGUCUUUAGGUCUUUUCAUGUAUCUCAGAGGAGAAAUGUUUAACUCUGCAGACAUAUCAGCUAGUGCUUCUUCUCCUUCUCCUUCUCCUGCUGCUGCUGCUGUCCGAGGGCGGGACGUCCUCUUUACUCAAACUGCUUCCAGCGAGCAGAGAUGAUGUUUUGUUGCGGAUAAAGUCGAGUUUGUAGACGCCUGAAGACGUCUCUGUCCUCCGGUGGCGUCCACACCAAACGACACGGACACUAAAGUGGAUUCAAACUCACAAAGACUCUAAGAUCUACAAACUGCAAACGUUUUGAAUGUGUCUUUAUGGCGUGAAGAUGAUCGCCGUGGUAACGUGAGCAGCUGCUGGGAGCGAACAGUGACUGUAUUCAUGCGUCUGCAGCUGAACGUGAUGCAACGAGACGCUUCGGCCAUAUCUGAUAGGACGGCUGCUCCGCCGCUUCUAGUCACCGAGUGGAUGUGUCUGUUUACUCAAAUAAGUGUUUGUUCACACUCUGGAUAUUUAACUUAGUCACAGAUUAAUUUAGCUAUUUAUGAUUUAUUUGUAGAGAUUUAAAAAAAAAACUUGUUCUGCUUGUGAUCAAACUCAGCGACUGCUUCGGUCCGAAUUUUAGAUAUUUCAAAAUAAGAGAUUGUUUUGGGUUUUUUUUGUAAUAUUUUGUCUGUUACAGCGAGAUGCUUUUAUUGUGACGUGUGAAGAGCUGAGGUAGACUCAUCAGUGUUCAGGUUCUGCCAAAGCAGUCGGAUCUGUAUUAAUAAUUAAUAAGGUUAUGCUGUAUCAUACUGGAGUAAUUAAUAACUGUUUGGUUUUAUCAUUUCUGAGUGACCUGCAAUAAAAGCAUGUCAGCAACA